AUGGAGGAUUAUGCAGAGAAGAAGAGCACGAUAGCCAAAGCUCUGGAAGAUCUUAAAGCCAACUUCUACUGUGAGCUCUGUGACAAGCAGUACUACAAACACCAGGAGUUUGACAAUCACAUCAACUCUUAUGACCAUGCUCACAAGCAGAGACUGAAGGAGCUGAAACAGAGGGAGUUUGCUCGGAACGUAGCAUCAAAGUCACGCAAAGAUGAGAGGAAGCAGGAGAAGGCUCUCCAACGUUUGCACAAGCUGGCUGAGCUAAGGAAGGAGAGAACCUGUGCUCCUGGAAGUGGCCCUAUGUUCAAAUCCACUACCGUGACUGUGAGAGAUCACUGCGGGGACAGCCCACGGAGCGCUGCCGGGGACUCCGCCGGCCAGCAGGAGCUCAGCGCUGCACCAGCGCACGACGCGCAGAGCUGCAACCAGGAGGCUUCUCUGAUCACUUCCACCCCUGGAAACCCAUGUGGUAGCAAAUCCGACCCUGGCAGACGUGGAGAUCAGGUUCAAGGAGCUCAAGGACCUAGAGUUGGGUUCUCUUUUGCUUUCCCUAAGAAAGCAGCAGUCAAACUGGAGUCUUCAGCUGCUGUUUUCUAUGAGUUUAAUGAGGAAGGGUCUAUGGAGCAUGGGUUUAGUAGAAGAAGUAGGUUUGUUCCAGGAGGAUGUAACCUUCAGUCUCCUUCAGUGGCAGAAAUUGUCCUGUGUCCUGAGGAGAGGCAUAACUGUUUUCACCCACUGGUGGAAAAAUGCACAGAUGCAGCAGAAGCUCCUGAAGCUCAGGAGUCAAAGGAACCGGCCAGUGAAGAAAGCAGGGAGCUGGAGACUCCUCUCUUAGCUGCUGCUGUGUCCCACUCAAAGCAAGUGGUGUCCUCAGACAUGGAUAGCUACAUUAUUGAUGUAAGUGGAGCAGACUUACCAGACCAAACGCUGCCAGCAGUUGAGGACAGUGCUAUGGUGCUGCCCCUGGACUGCAGUGGUUAUGAGCUGCAGGCAAACAGGGCUCUCGUGCAGGCGGUUGUGGAGGAUGCUUUAUCUCUGCAGGAUGUUGUGGAGGAAAACGGUAAGGACAGGAGCAGUGAUUCAUCCACAACUGCAACGGAAAUAAACAAACUGGGGGCAGACACCUUGGUCCCAUUGCCAUCUGAAGAUGGUCAUAGCAAACCAGAUGUGUGCAAGAGAUCUUGUGAACCCUUUGUUCCUGUUCUUAGCAAGCAUGGGUCCAAUAUUCUCCAGUGGCCGUCGGAAAUGUUAAUUUACACAAGUACAGACCCUCCGAUUUCUUACAGCUGUAACCCUUUAUAUUUUGAUUUCAAGUCAUCAAGAGCAAGCAGCAGCCAAGACAAGCCCAAGCAUCCACCAAACAUACCUCAUCUGCACCACAAAACUGAAGCCAACCAUAGCCCAGUCUCAGAUUUCACAAACAAACCCACUUCAGAAUGUGGUGAUGAUGAAACAGAAACGAAUCAAACCCUGUGCAGCUCCACAACGCCCCUUAGCAGUGAGGUUUCCUUCAUCAGAAGAUGUCAUCUUGCAAAAAACCAAAACAAAGUGUCCUUGGAUGAGUCCUUCAGGAUUAGAAAAACAGAAAAGUAUCACAUCUCUAAAAAUCACUUACGACAAAGCACUGUGAUAGAUGAGAAACAUAACAAAGUCUGGAUCAAAGCAAGCCAUGAAAAAUGGCUUCACAAAAGCAGAAAGCGGAAAAGGAGGAGAAAAUUAUGUCACUGUCAUCAUCAUCACCAUCACCAUCAUCAUCAUCACUGCGGGGACACGACAAGGGCAGAAACAGAGAUGUCCUCCAUGGCUGACAAAGAAAUCAGUUACAGAGAUGAGAUUAAGUAUCAGCACUUCCAAAACACUCCAGAGAAUUGCAGGCAGGAUGCAGGGAGUAUCUGGCUAGCAACAGGUGAGACACAACAGUCUCACCAAAGCCUUGGCAUUGAAAAUGGUCACAAGAGAGUGGUGUCUGUGUCAGGUCACGUGCACAGGGACAGAGGCUGGUGUGACAUCUGGAGUGCCAGAAACAGCAGACAGCACCACGGCUGUAAGCGCCUGCACAGAAGGAGCAAAGCAAGCUGCCGGAGGCAGGCAAAGCAGCUGGCCCCGAGUUCCAGGAGGCACAGCUUGAGGUGCUCUAAAAUGUGUUGUGGCUGGAAAGUCAGGAGACCAAGCUGUAGCCCAGAGAGUAAGUGUUUAGGCCACUGCAGUGAGGAGAAGAGUCCAAGUCAAAACCAGUCCAUAAAGAGAGGCUACAACAUCCUGACAGAGGAACCUGAAAAACCUCACUGCAAGCGGAGGCAGCAUACCUCCUCUUCCUCCUCCUCCUCCUCCUCCUCCUCUUCCUCCUCCUCCUCCUCAUCAUCAUCAGAUGACAGCUCCUACGGACAGACAUCAUCAGCAGAGGAGUAUCUAAGGCAAGCACAUGCACAUCACAAGGCUAAAGGCAGAUGCAGGAGAAGGAAAACUAGAACCCAUCACAUAUUCCUUGCCAGGAGUGCCAGAAGGGAGACCUCCAGACCUGCCAGAGAAAACUCUGCAAGUUCCACCUCAAAGGUUUCAGAGGACUUCUUGACUCAAGACAGCGUAAAGGAAGGUAGGGUAGAUCCCAAAGCUGACCACACAAAAGAUACAGAUGAAGCAAUGCAGCUGGAGGAGGAAAGCAAAUCACCUCUAGAAACUGAGAGCUGCCCCGUGCUGGCAGAUGACAAACAGGUGGCAGGCACAGCGACGGAGAGCGCUCCGAGUGCGUUUCCUGAUGCCAUCGCAGGGUCUGCUGCUGCUGUUCCUGAGCGCGGUGCCCCAGCAGCUGCUGGCCCCCAGGAUGCUCCCCCGCAGGAAGAAAAGAAAAAGGAAAGUGUCAGCAGUCCCGAAAAUCAAGCUCGUUACAAAGGUCCCCUCCCGAACAGACACUUGGAACAAGCUCCUCCUAAGCCCUACCUUUGCCAUUACGAACUGUCCGAGUCCCUGCCCCACGAGAAAAUGAACGACGUGUCAAGCGAGUGGGUGCCCUGCAACCCUGGCGUCUUCGGCAGCCCUCCCCCCUUGCCCUUCAAAGAAGCACAUGGCAACAGUCACACCUUUAUUGCUACGGAGCAGUUAAUAGCCCCCUUUGCCCUGCCCGACCAGACGCUGAUAUUCCCUCCCGAGAACCACGAGAAGUUCAAAGAGCUGCCGUCGGAGGCGUACCAGCAGGUCGUGCCGCAAAACCUGCUGGCCGGCAAAGUGAAGUUCUCCUUCCCCCCCGCCGCGGCCGUGCAGGCCCCCAGCUCCCCGCUGCAGCCCUUGCCCUUGCAGCCGCCGCUCUGUUCUACCUCCGUUACCACCAUCCACCACACCAUCCUCCAGCAGCACGCUGCCGCCACGACGCUGAAGGUUCUCCAGCCCCACCAGCAGUUCCUCUCGCAGGUCCCUGCCCUUUCCAGAGCUCCUUUACCUCACCUGCCGGUAGGACCGAGGCUUUGCCCGGCAGGGCACGCAGCCUUCGUGGCCCCGCCGCAUUUGCCGCUAAUGCCGCCCUCGGUCCUGCACCCGACCCAGCUGGCGUUUCCCCCCCUGCCUCACACCGUCUUCCCUUCCCUGCUCUCCCCACACCCGGCUGUCAUCCCCCUGCAGCCCCUCUUCUAG